UUAGGUUACAGCAAGGACGUCGCUUCAAUAGUUUAAAAAGCGCAUUUCAAUAUUGUUCCAAUGAGGAGAAAUCGAGAUUCGUAAAAGAGGCAACAAAAUAUAGAAAAUGAGAGAAAUCAUACAUCUCCAGGUUGGCCAGUGCGGAAAUCAGAUCGGUACUAAGUUCUGGGAGGUCAUCUCUGAUGAGCAUGGUGUUGACUCAACUGGCGCCUACCAUGGUGACUCCGACCUCCAGCUUGAGAGAAUAAAUGUCUACUACAAUGAAGCAUCCAGUGGAAAUUAUGUACCACGUGCCAUAAUGGUGGACCUUGAACCUGGCACAAUGGACUCUGUCAGAUCCGGGCCUUUCGGUCAAAUUUUCACACCUGACAACUUCGUUUUUGGUCACAGUGGAGCUGGCAACAACUGGGCUAAGGGUCACUACACUGAAGGUGCUGAGCUCGUUGAUUCUGUGUUGGAUGUUGUAAGGAAAGAAGCGGAAAGAUGUGACUGUCUGCAGGGUUUCCAGAUGACCCACUCAUUGGGAGGUGGAACUGGUUCUGGCUUGGGCACAUUGCUUCUUUACAAGAUCAGAGAGGAAUACCCAGAUAGGAUAAUGAACACAUUCUCUAUUAUACCUACACCAAAAGUUUCAGACACUGUUGUUGAACCUUACAAUGCAACAUUGUCUGUCCAUAAGCUGAUUGAGGCAACGGAUGUAACAUGCUGCAUUGACAAUGAGGCCCUCUUUGAUAUUUGCUUCAGGACACUGAAACUGAUGACUCCCACAUAUAGUGAUCUGAACCAUCUAAUAUCCCUCACAAUGUCUGGUGUGACCACUUGCCUCAGGUUCCCGGGUCAACUGAAUUCUGAUCUCCGUAAACUUGCUGUCACUAUGGUCCCAUUCUCACGUCUACACUUCUUCAUGCCGGGUUUCGCUCCUCUCACCUCCCGUGGUAGUCAACAGUACCAAGCUCUCACCGUACCUGAACUGACUCGACAAAUGUUUGAUGCAAAGAAUAUGAUGGCUGCCUGUGACCCAAGGCAUGGACGUUACCUCACAGCUGCUUCUAUCUUCCGAGGACGCAUGUCCAUGAAGGAAGUUGAUGAACAGAUGUUGAACAUUCAGAACAAGAACAGCAGCUACUUCGUUGAGUGGAUCCCAAACAAUGUGCAAACCGCUGUGUGUGAUAUUCCACCCAGAGGACUCAAAAUGUCUGCAACCUUCAUUGGUAACACCACUGCCAUCCAGGAGGUGUUCAAGCGUAUCUCAGAGCAGUUCACAGCCAUGUUCAAUCGCAAGGCUUUCUUGCACUGGUAUACAGGUGAAGGCAUGGAUGAAAUGGAAUUCACUGAAGCAGAAUCAGACAUGAAUGACCUGAUGUCUGAGUACCAGCAGUACCAGGAUAACAUUUUCAAUGUGUACACAGAGCCUGACGAGGAGCUAGAAUUUGAUGUUGAGGACAUGGAUAAAAUUUGAUUCACAGAAGCCGAAUUAAACAUACUCAAAUGAGUACCAACAGAACUACCAGACAGAUGUCAGUAUGGACGGAGAGUUUGACGAGUAGCAGAAAGUUGAGGUUGAAAAUGACAAUUAAACAGCUAGAAUGUCAUUUUUUGCUUUGUUAUAAUACUUUGUUCUCUCUCUCUCUCAUUCCAAAUUUAUUGCUGCAUUAAUGAUUUUCAGUCAGAAUAAUGCAGUGAUAUUGCUUGCGCUGAACGGAUAGAAAAUUUGUGUAUAAUAUUUGAAAUAUUCUGAAUGAUAUACCAUAUUUGUUGGAAGAAUAUUGUGUGACUGAAAAUGGAUAUGCUCCACUAAUGGGAAUGUUGGAGUUGAUUUGUUUGCUUAGGAUUAUUUGUUUUUUUCCUUUGUAAUUGUCUCCCUAUUCAUUUAUAAAUUUGUAU